UGGCUCAAAGGCUCAAAGAUGCUCAAAGGAUUUUGCCAGCAAAGGGUCACCACGCUGUCAAGCAGCAUACUUCCAAUUCGCCAUAGACAAUCCUCGUAGUUGAUUGAUAUGGAGGAGCAGGACGAUGCCAGCAAGUAUGCUGCGCUUUGGUUGGGAAACUUGACGCAAUGCGGGCACACUUCUCCGAUAAGCGUUUCUCUCACCCACUGCGUGCUUCAUAUUAUGGCUUUUGAUUGCGGUUGGGCGUUGGAAGAGCUGUCUGUUGCCAGGACUUUCAUUUGAGCUCCUACUGACUUGGCUAGCCAGGGCUGUGGCUGUUGCUCUUUACAUCAAGAACUGGUGGCUAAAUGGGCUUUGCUCCCAGGGGUUUCGUGUGCCUGCUUGAGCGGAAACGGCUGGAGUCGAUCGUCCCCGGAAGAACACCGGCCGGUCGUGGCCUGGUGGUUUGUUUUGACCUCGCGAGCUUUGGGCUGGCUGCGCGAGUUUGUUUCUCCCACUGCAGACAUGGACGGAGCAUGUUGGUGAUUUGACAUGUCCUAAACUUCUACCAGGGACGUCGCUCCCAACCACACGGUGUCAGCAGCCUUCUGAUUCUGAAGAUUCAGAACUUGAGAGAGGAUGGAGGCGUCCUGGCCUGACACCCUUCGUAGAGGAUGCUCAUUCGGCACGAGGAUGUCUAUGCAGGAGCAGGGGACGAACUCGUGGGCCGUGGGUGACAAAGUGGUAUGGGUCUGCCGCUCCCAACACUUGAAGUUUGAAGAAACACGGUGGCAAUAAUGCUGUCGAAGGGCGUGCAAAUGCAUUGAUGACGCCUUGAGGGCACAGGUCUUGCUUCUCGAGGUCUUUGGCCAGAGUGUCAGCAAGCAGAACAAGAGGAAACCGACCCUUCUGGAAACCAUUUCGUCUUCCCAACUGUGAACAGGAACCAUGUGGCAUGGAAACCUAUGCCCUAUGGAAGAAUUGCGGUCUGGCUCUAGCAGCAAGUUUGAGAUUGCUCGCGUCUCUUUCCUGGUAUGGUUGGCCACGUCGGAGCCGCUCUUCCUAGAUGGCUGCGCGCUGACCUUGUUGGUGUGCUCCUGUCGCCUCAAGGUCGCGGACAGGCCGCUUGCAACCCUAACGGAUUUGUUGCCCUUUCCGCAGAAAAGGGGUGCUGGUAAACUGGCCAAGCUAGUUCUGAUCGCGCUGGCGACGCUGCAUGUAGGAGUCAAAGUGGAGUCGAGGCUUCUGGAAGACAAGCGCCGGCAGUGGAACGCUCAGCACGGAUCUGCCUAUGAAGAGGGGCGUCCCUCGAGCAAAAGCAGAAAAGUUUACUGCGUAUCCUGGACUAGUCAUGGCUUUUCUUCUUCCCGUCAGUGGGCGUGUAGGGUGGGAGGUUGGCAGCGUAUUUAGAGGUCGUAAGAAAUGC